CCUGUCAGAUUGAGGCUUGGUACGCAGUGCUGCGGUUCUUGUGUCCCGGUGACUGGCGCUCGCUCACCUGAGGCUUCUGCAGACACGAUGGCUUCUCCUUUGCGCUUUGAUGGCCGAGUGGUGCUGGUGACUGGAGCGGGGGGAGGUUUGGGGAAAGCGUAUGCCCUGGCUUUUGCUGAAAGAGGAGCUGCUGUUGUAGUAAAUGACCUGGGAGGUGAUGCCAAAGGCGAUGGAAAAAAUUCAUCCGCUGCAGACAAGGUUGUAGAAGAAAUCAGAGCGAAAGGCGGAAAAGCGGUGGCUAAUUACGAUUCAGUGGAAGCAGGAGGGAAACUUAUUCAAACAGCCCUGGAUGCAUUUGGGAGAAUAGAUAUUGUAAUAAACAAUGCAGGAAUUUUGAGGGAUCGCACUUUUGCAAGAAUAAGUGACGAGGACUGGGAUAUUAUUCAUAGAGUUCAUUUGAGAGGGUCGUUUCUUGUCACUCGAGCAGCAUGGGAUCACAUGAAGAAACAAAAAUUUGGAAGGAUAAUAAUGACCACUUCAGCUUCUGGAAUCUAUGGGAACUUUGGGCAAGCCAACUACAGUGCUGCCAAACUUGGCCUUUUGGGUAUGUCCAAUACGCUUGCUCUUGAGGGAGCCAAGUACAACAUCCAUAGCAAUUCAAUUGCACCAACUGCGGGUUCCCGGCUCACACAGGAUAUCAUGCCUCAAGAUUUUGUAGACGCUCUAAAGCCAGAGUACGUGGCUCCCAUCGUGCUGUGGCUGUGUCAUGAAAGCUGUCAAGAAAACGGUAGUUUGUUUGAGGUUGGAGCUGGAUGGGCUGGAAAGUUGCGUUGGGAGAGAACUCUCGGUGCCAUUAUCAGGCAGAAGAAUCGCCCGAUGACACCAGAAGCCGUUCGUGAUGAGUGGUCAAAGAUUUGUGACUUUGAUAAUGCUACUAAGCCACAAACAAUUCAAGAGUCCACCGGCUCUCUGUAUGCAGUCCUGUCAUCUGUUGACUCUGAGGAAGGCAUUUCUAUGAAUCCCACAAGCCAGCGGACUUCUUCUAUUGACCCGGCUCAGGCAGUUGGGAAGAAGCUACCUACAGCCAAGUACCAGUACAGCAGUAUACAUCCUAUUCUAUAUGCUCUUGGGGUAGGCAUGUCCACCAAGGAUCCAGAUCACCUGAAGUUCCUUUAUGAAAGGAGUGAAGACUAUAGCUGUUUACCAACUUUCGGAGUCAUUCCUGCUCAGGCUGCCAUUUUGGGCGGAGCACUUUCUUCAGUUCCAGGCCUUCAUAUUGAUCUUACACAGAUGCUUCAUGGAGAACAGUAUCUGGAAGUGUACAAACCUAUUCCGACUUCAGGAGAGAUGCGUUUGGAAGCUACAGUGGCAGACAUACUGGACAAAGGCUCUGGUGCCAUCAUUCUGCUUGACGUACACACCUACUGUGAUGAAGAACUUAUAUGCUAUAAUCAGUUUUCCCUGUUCGUAGUUGGCGGUGGUGGGUUUGGAGGGAAAAGGUCAUCGACUAAGAUCAAGGCCACUGCUAAUGCACCCAAUCGCCCCCCAGAUGUUGUUGCGAGUGAUGUCACCACAGUAGAUCAGGCUGCUCUUUACCGCCUCAGUGGUGAUUGGAAUCCUCUGCACAUUGAUCCCAGCUUUGCUGCAAUGGGAGGGUUUGACAGACCCAUAUUACAUGGUCUGUGCACUUUUGGAUUUUCCGCCCGGAAUGUUUUGAAGCACUUUGCAAAUAAUGAUGUAACCAAGUUUAAAGCAAUUAAGGUGCGCUUUGUGAAGCCAGUCAUGCCUGGGCAAACUUUACAAACUGAAAUGUGGAAAGAGGGCAACAGAAUUCACCUACAGACUAAGGUGAAAGAGACUGGGGAAAUUGCUAUUGCUGGUGCCUACAUUGACCUUACAUCAACUGCUAAUAGUCUGGAGUCCAAUGCAACAGUCCAGGAUGUAGGACUGCAGAGUAACCUGGUCUUUGAAGAAAUCAGCCGUCGUGUCAAAGAUGCUGGAAGUGAAAUGGUUAAAAAAGUAAAUGCGGUCUUCCAGUGGGACAUCACCAAGGAUGGGAAAACUGCUGCACAAUGGACUAUUGACUUAAAGAAUGGAUCUGGAGAAGUGUACCGUGGAAAAGCGCGUGGCCGUGCCGAUACUUCAUUUACUCUGUCAGACCAAGACUUUAUAGAUCUUGUCCAGGGGAAACUCAAUCCACAAAAGGCGUUCCUUGCUGGCAAGCUGAAACUGAAAGGUAAUAUCAUGCUGAGCCAGAAACUGGGAGUCGUACUGAAUGACCAAGCUAAGCUGUGAGCGUGCUCCCACAGAUCCAGCCGAUGCCGUCCUCUUCUCCGCGUGCUAUAAUCUAGCAGUAACAAUAAUGUCGUAAUGAGAAAUGUAACAAAUCUAACAAUUGUCAUAACUCUUCACUAGCAUUCUACAGAAAAAAACUGGAACCUCAAAUUCAGAAUCCAUAAUUUCUUUUCUAUAGAGAGAAUUAAUAAUAAUGGAAUGGUAUACAAGGAAGGGAAGAUAAUGCGUUUAACACAGUCAACAAAGAUAGAGCACAUUACCCAUUAUCAUGGGGUACGGCUACACGGUCAGUUUUUGGUAGCCAAAACCAGGAGUGAAUUCAAAGAGAAGGGCAUAUCUGUCUUUUAUACUUUUAUGAUCCACUUUUGAUUUCGGCUUCCAAAACUGCACACAGAAACCUUACUGUGUGGUCCUACCCUUCAAAACAACACUUUGAUAGAUCACCAACUCCUACCUGUUAUGUGAAGUUGAACAUAAGUAGUGGGAGUCCUAUUUUGACCCAUUUCUGGGAUGGACGACAUGCAAUAUGGCCACCAUUACAGCCUCCACAGGGGUUGGUAAAUCUGUUUAGCUACGUAGUAAUCUAGAAGGAUCAUUGCUGAAUUUGUCAUUUAAAUGUGCACUUAUUGAUUUAACCUACUGGAAGUCUUCCUGCAGACUAUGAAAAAUGGAUAUCUUUGCUGCACAGAUCUAUUAAAAACCACUUGCUUACGUCUGUUUACCCCAACUAAGAUAUCACUGUAUAGCAAAGGUUUAUUAUUCACAAGGCUAGGAAAACUGGGCUUUAGCCUUUGCUCAGUGUAGGCGCUCAUCCAUCUUUCCCAGAAAGAGAUAUCCCAAAGAAAAGGUUGAAUAAAACAUGACCGUAACCAGUAAUGUGUGCAGCAACCAUUCCUGAAGGAUCCACAGCAUUGAUUUCCGAAAAUGCCAUUGAGUGAGCUCUGGGUUUUCUUUUUUCUAGCAGGAAGUGUAAAAGCUUUUCUACUUCUUGAGCAAUGGCUCAUGGUCCACUGUCGCAACACACAAAGCUAUACAGUACCUAACAUUUAUGUAUAUAUGUGACUUAAUAAAAAGCAAUGAUUGAUUUAAUACAA